AUGUCAAAAGUGGAAGAAAUAAUCGAACAAUUAGAAGAAUAUUAUAAUCAAAUUAACAAAACUCAGAUUAAUCUUAAAAAAUGUCCUAAAACAAGAAUAACACAGGGAUAUUUAGAAGUAAAGAUUCAAUGCAUUGAAGAGUAUUGGGUAUCAUAUCGUGCGGCGCAUCAAAACUUAUUGAAACUAACAUCGAAGAACGAUAGACAAAAAAUAUCUCAUUUUGUAAAUAGCGAGUAUGACAAGUGUGAAGAAGUGUUUACUUGUUUGAAAGGGGAUAUGGUGGACAUGUUAAAUGAUAUCAAAAACAAUACUGGGAAUAAUACAAACCCUUCAACUUCGCCGAUGUGUGAAAAACCCGUUGUUGACGUAAAGCUGCCCCGAAUAAAUCUACCUACCUUUUUCGGUGCAUAUGAAGAAUGGCAAUCAUUUGAGGACACUUUUAUAUCAUUAAUAGACAGAAAUAAUAGCCUUAGUGACGUACAGAAAUUACAUUAUUUGAAGUCGUGUGUAGCAGGCGAAGCUAAAAAUACUAUAAACCAUUUUCAAGUGACGGAUAAAAAUUACGAACCAGCGUGGAAAGCCUUAAAGAAUAGAUAUAGUCAUAAGCGACUAAUAGUAAAUGCAAUAUUAAAGAAAUUAUUUUCUUUGAAGAAAAUAAAUACGCAAUCACCAGCUCAUUUAAAAGUUUUAAUUGAUAAUACAAAAGAAUCUAUUAACAGCUUGAAUAAUUUAGAUAUUAAGACAGAUUCCUGGGAUCCGUUAUUAAUAUAUAUAUCAAUCCUAAAACUAGAUCAAGAGUCACACAGAGAUUGGGAAACUUAUGUAAGCAGUGGACAUCCAAAGGAUAUGCCAACAUUUGAUAAUUUCGUAAGUUUUUUGGAAAAUAGAAUUCAUACACUUGAAUUAACAUCCACGUCAAGGGAGAAGGUUCAAAGGUCGUAUCACAUCAGCGCCGCUGCUACUACUGUUCAAUGUGUUCUAUGCAAUGAAAACCAUUUCUUAUGUCACUGCAAAAAAUUUGGCAAAUUAGAUCCUGAAAAAAGAAGUGAGUAUGUAAAAGAAAAGCGUUUGUGUUACAACUGCUUGUCAACUGGUCAUCCAGGAUAUUACUGCAAGCAAAAAACAUCAUGUCGUGUAUGUGGUAAACGUCACCAUUCACUUCUACAUUCUUACAAGAAGAAAGAGGUGACCUUUGAUAAAGAAGAAAACAAACAUUCACCAGGGUUAAACUCUUUACACACAAAUGUAGAAGAAACUGAGAAGGAAGAAUCGGAUGUAUCAAUAGCUUCACACUUUACGUCCAAUACUAAAAAUGUUUUACUGGCUACCGCUUUAAUACCGAUUAAAAGUGACACAGGAUAUGUCACUAUGUUGAGAGUACUAAUUGAUCCAGGUUCGCAGGCGUCUUUCAUUAGUGAGAGAGCAAUACAACUUUUGCAACUCAAAAGAAAAAGGGUACAUGGCACUAUUUAUGGAGUUGGUUCUACCAAAACAUCAAUAAGUCAUGUGGUGUGUUUUGAAGUAUUAUCAAACUACGAAAACCAAUUUAAACUCAAUGUUAAAGCGUACGUUUUGUCUACACCAUUGACUACAAAGCUACCUUGUAAGACAAUAGAACCGAUGAACAAUUGGACACAUUUAAAAGAACUUACUUUAGCUGAUCCUCAUUUUGCCACACCAGGAAGAAUCGAUGCGCUGUUAGGAGUUGAAGUAUAUACAGAAAUAUUAAAAGGCAAUGUUAUCAAGGGUCCACCAGGUACUCCAAGUGCACAAGAAACCAGCUUCGGAUGGAUACUAUUUGGAGAAAUAUCAAAUACUUCAUCUUCUGAAGACAUCAUAGUAAUGCAUCAUCAUGUUGACGUAGAUAACAUGUUAAGAAAUAUGUGGGAUAUAGAGACUACAGAAAAAAGAAAUUUCACAGCCGAAGAAAGAUUAUGUGAAAACAUUUACGCUGCCACACAUUCAAGAACAACAGAUGGUCGAUAUAUGGUUAAACUACCAUUUAAAAAUGUUAAUUACUUAGAAGAAAUAGGAGAAACAAAAGAAAUUGCACUUAAAAGAUUUUAUUUACUAGAAAGAAGGCUAAAUCUAAACAAGACGCUCAAACAAGAUUAUAUAAGAGUAAUUGAAGAAUACAUUAAGUUAGGAUAUAUAGAAGAAAUACCACAUAAGGAAAGAAAUGAUCCAUCAAUAUACCUUUCACAUCAUGCAGUGAUAAGAGAAGACAAAGAAACAACACAAUGCAGAGUAGUGUUUGAUGCAUCUUGCAAAGGAGCGAACAAUAAAUCACUGAAUGAUGAAUUACUCGUUGGUCCACAAUUACAAGAAGAUUUAAGAAGUUUGAUAAUCAGAUGGCGUAUGAAGCCAGUAUGUUUUAUAGCCGAUAUCCAAAAAAUGUAUUUACAAAUCCUAGUGACGAAAGAAGAUACCGAUUGUCAAAGAAUAUUUUGGAGAAAAAGUAACAAAGAAGAACUAAAAAUAUAUCGUUUAAAAAGAGUAACAUUUGGGACUUCAUCUGCGCCUUAUCUUGCAGUUAGGAUGCUUGUGCAGCUCUCAAAAGAUGAAGAAAAAAAUUAUCCAGAAGCAGCUAAAGUAAUAAGAGAAGAUUUUUAUGUAGACGAUUGUAUGAGCGGUGCGAUGACAGAACAGGAUUGCAUUAAACUUGGUCAGCAGCUUCAAGCUAUACUCAAAAAAGGAGGAUUUAAAUUACAUAAAUUCGCAUCCAAUAAUAAAAACUUCUUAAGUCAAAUCAAUUCGGAAUUGAGAAGUUCUAAGGCCAGUAUUAAUAUAAAAAGCGACAGCACCAUUAAAGCACUCGGUCUAGCAUGGAACAUGAGUAUGGACACUUUUCAUUAUCAGCUCAAUUUGCCGCCGAUACCAAAAGAAAUAACCAAAAGGAAUAUCUUGGCAGACAUUCAACGCCUUUUUGAUCCGUUAGGUUGGCUUGGUGCAAGCAUAAUUCCAGCAAAAAUUUUAAUACAAAAACUAUGGCUAAAAAACCUUGAUUGGGAUGAUAAAAUAGAUGAAGAUUUAGAGAAAGAGUGGUUAAUAUUGAGAAAAAGUUUUAAACAAAUAAAAAACGUGGAAAUUCCCAGAUGGAUAGACACAGAAUGUGAAGACAGCAAAAACGUAACCCUUCAUGGUUUUUGUGAUGCUUCAAAUAAAGCCUAUUGCGCAGUAGUAUAUUGCAGAAUAGCAAAUAAUAAAGGAGAAAUUAAAACGAAUAUUAUUGCCUCGAGAACACGAGUCGCCCCUGUAAAACCACUUUCAUUACCUAGGCUUGAGCUUUGUGGGGCAGUUAUUUUGGCAAGGUUGUUAACACACAUAAGAGAAGCUAUGAGAUUAUCACCUACCAAAGUGUUUGCUUGGACGGAUUCGUCGGUUGUACUCUCAUGGUUGUUCGGAGAUCCGAACCGUUGGAAACCGUUCGUUAGUAACAGAGUAGUUGAAAUAUUAGACAAUCUUUGCAAUACUCAAUGGUUUCAUGUAAAAACGAAUGAUAAUCCAGCAGAUAUUGGAUCAAGAGGAAUGAAUUUACAACAACUUAUUCAAUGUAAACAGUGGUGGGAAGGACCUGCUUGGCUGAAGGAGAAAAACAUAGAAUACUCAAGACCAAAUUUGAUACCGACUGAUAUAGAAAGAAAAAAAAAUAUUCAGGUGAAUUUAAAAACAGAAACAAAGAAACAGAGAAUUAAAUUAGAAAAUUUUGAUUCACUACAAGAACUCUUAAAAGUUGUAGUUUAUUGUUCAAGAUUUAUUAAUAGUAAGAAACAACCUGACGAAAUAAGAAAGAAUAUUACAACUGAAGAAUAUGAAAAUGCUUUAUUAAAAUGUGUAAGAAUUGUUCAGAAAAGAGAAUACGAAGAAGAUAUAAAAAAUAUACGAAUGAAAGGAAGAGUAAAAAAAGGAAGUAGUUUGAAAUCAUUAAACCCUUUUCUUGAUACUCAAAAUAUACUUAGGGUGGGCGGAAGACUCCAAAGAUCGGAAUUAACACAAGAACAAAAACAUCCAAUCAUACUGAGCUCAAGCAAUCAUUUGACUUCUUUGUUAAUAGCAGAUGCACACAAGAAAACCCUACACGGUGGUAUUCAACUCAUGCUCUGCUAUCUUAGGAAUAGAUUCUGGAUCAUUCGAGCUAAGAAUGCGAUUAAAUUUUAUAUACGAAAAUGUAUAGUAUGUGCAAGACAAAGGGCUGCCAUAAGGACUCAAAUCAUGGGUGAACUUCCAAAGGCACGAGUGACUCCAGCCCGACCGUUUCUCCACAGCGGAGUGGACUUUGCUGGUCCAUUGCAAAUUUUGCUUUCUAAGGGGAGAGGCGCCAAGACAAGCAAAGCAUACAUCGCCAUUUUUGUAUGCAUGGCCACUAAAGCCAUACAUUUAGAAUUAGUCGGAGACCUCACCGCUGAAUCUUUCAUAGGAGCCUUUCAUAGAUUUGUUGCUAGAAGAGGCAAAUGUUCGCAUAUAUGGAGUGAUCAGGGAAGGAAUUUCGUAGGAGCAAAUAAAGAUUUAGCAGACGCCUGGAAGCAGGCACGUUUAGAAAUCCCUGGCUAUCUGAUAGACACAUUAGCUCUCGACGGAACUCAGUGGCAUUUCAUACCUCCUCAUAGCCCCAACUUCGGUGGCUUGUGGGAAGCCGGCGUAAAAUCUACGAAAUACCACCUUAGAAGAAUUAUGACGAGAAACUUAACACAAGAAGAAAUGACGACAGUGUUAUGUCAGAUAGAGGCAUGCCUUAACUCCCGCCCUUUGGUACCUAUCGACACUGAAGACGUAGACGUCAUAGACCCAUUAACACCGGGUCACUUUUUAAUUGGUGAAGCUCCCAUAUUGCCACCAAGUCCAGACUUACGUGACAUCAACGCAAGUAAACUCACACGAUGGCAAUUUACUCAGAAAAUAGUAAGAGAUUUCUGGCAACGUUGGCAUACAGAAUAUUUGUCACGACUCCAAGAAAGGACAAAAUGGAUAAAACGUGAGUCAGAGUAUGAAAUAGGUGAUAUAGUUCUCCUCAAAGAUGACAACUUGCCACCAGGGAAGUGGCUACUCGGUCGGAUUAUGGAGAAGUACCCAGGACCGGAUGGUAUAGCCCGAGUAUAUGGUGUUAAAUGUGGCACGAAUAUAUUAAAACGCUCAAUUUCCAAAUUGUGUGCUUUGCCCAUUGAAUCUAAAUAA